UAUAGCUUCUUUCCAAUGGGGACUUGGCACCAUUUCAAUGAAAGUGCAUGUGAUAAGCUUGGAUGCCAGUUCAGGGAGGAUUUCUGUGGUGACAGAGGAGGUGGCCACCACCCUGGGCUCCUUUGUUCUGUCUCACUUUUUUUUUUUUGCCAGGAGCCAUUUUAGAUCGCAGCUGUAUGUGGCUGGAUCAAGGAAUUACCCAAGAUGCAAUCCACGGACCACAUGAAGCUCAAGAAGAAGUAUGACCAAAGUGUGGAUGCUUUACUCCUUCUUAAAAGGGGGAACAAAAAUAUCCAUAGGAGGGGAUAUGGAGGCAAUGUUUAGAGCAGAGAUUGAAGGAAGGCCAUUUCUCACACAAACGCAGGAGGCCACGGCUGGUUUUUGUUUGUUUGUUUUGUUCUCCAUCCCAUUUUUUCUUCUACCAGAUUCAUUUCUACAUCCCCCACCAUUUAUAACAGCUCAGUUAUACAACUGUGGUUUUAGAAGCUCUUGAUUAGUUUUGUCUGACUUUUGGGUAUACUUUUGUAUUUGUUAAAGAGAGUGGGUGAGCUUCGUGGUUUUGAGAAUUUGUGUUUUGCAGAGCCUCCCAGAGUGUGAGAAAUUGCCUAGUUCCUGUCUGACUCCUUCUAUGGUUCUUAUUCAUAAUCCAUGUUGUCUUGGCAUUAACUACCACCAACCCAGAGGCCUCUAGGCUAGCAAAAGAGAUAGGGUUAAGUGCUUGUAUGGUUACCCUUCUCAUCUGGUAAAAUUUGUGGGAGACUCAGGCAUGACUCUGGAGCACACUGGGGUGCUGAGUGAAUACAUGGCUGCAGAUAGGGCAAGCAAUGUAGGUCCCCAAGAUGUAACUCAUCUUAUCAUGCCCAGUCUAAAGCAGGUCAUUUAGUGUCACCGAGCACUAAGUCAGUUAAAGGUUCUUGUCAGUAUGCACUACUUCAGACAUGGUUCUGAAGGUCAAACAAAUGAAAACACCAGUAAGUUGUAGUGUGUCCCUUCAUAUUUCAAAGAGUCUGGGGCUCCAGCAUAAGCAGAUGUCUCAAGUGGAGAGAUUGUAAUUGUCAGAACAAUUGAGAAGAUGAUUUUCUCUAUAUUCUACAAGGAGAAAAUGUGCUGAUAGCCAUGACUAUUCUCCCUUGGUGCUGUCAGCAAUUUCUCUUCAAGUAGUGUGAAAAUGAUCUCUUAUCCUUGGAGUCCCAAAGGAACAUGUGUUGGAGGUUUGGUUACCAGUUUGUGACACUUCUGGAAAAUGGUACAGGUUUUAUAGGAAGUGGGGCCGAGAGGAAGGAAUGUAGUCCACUUGGGGAGUUAACCUUGCAAGGCGUGUUUAGACCCUAACACCUUCCUCUCUCCCUUUGUUUCCUGUCAGUGAUGUGAUGAACAGACUUCAUUUAACAUGCUUCCAUAAUUCUCUCUCCCACUACAGCCAGACCCAGCACAUGACAAGUGACCCAUGACCCAUGAAACCACCAAGCAAAGUGAACUAUUCUUCGAGUUGAUUUAUUUCUGGCAUCUCAUCACAGAAAUGAACCGCUCACAAAGAAGUGGUCAGAACAUGCAAUCUCAUACUGUAGUCAAGAAACAUAGGUCUGGAGGGUGAAGGCAGACAGUGUCUCUGCUGAGCCUUGGAGAGCCCGGGGCGCAUUCCUUGACUCUUCCUUCUCAGUUUUGAUUGAAGACCUGACCGGAAGCAACUUAAAACAGGGAGCUGAAGCAGCAUGAUAGUUGUGUACUGCUGGGGUUCCUCUCAUCUCAAGGCAUCAGGAUGCAGGACAGGAUCUUCUACUAAUCCCUUUCUUGCAGAUAGAUUUCACCUCUUAAAGGUUGCACAAUUGCCUCAAAUAGCUCACCAGGAGGGGGACGAGUGCUCAAGCAGCAGCCCGUGAGGGAUGCCACAGGCAAAGGUCACACUGAAUUUGAUUACUUUUUACCAUCGUGAUACCACAGUCCCACUUAGAUAGAUAGCUUUUGAUCUCUAUUCAAGUCCCGGGGUACUUUCUUUUCCAUCCCCUGUCUUUGCUUUCCCUGACUAUAGAACAGCCAGAAUCCAGUUCCCCACAAUGCUUUUCCCUGUUUGGUUGUGCCUUCCUUUCAUCCUCAGUGCUGCCCUCUGUGCUAAGAAUAAAACAGGUUGAUAUGAACCCAGAGAUGGGAUGUGAUUGGUAGACACGAGACUACAGAAGUCUCUUGGAAGAGGCUGCAUUUAAACUGCAAAGUAACUGAUGACCAGGAGCGGCAUGGCAGAAUCAGCUCAAAGUGGAACUAUGUCUUCGUGGAAGCCACACGACGAUGGAAGUCAAGCAAUCGGGAUUGGGAUAUCGGAAGUCACCAGUAAGCAAUGGCUUCGGUUUUCCUUCUCUUUUGGAUGGCCACCACCACAUAGGGCCUGAAUGUCCUGCUGUUUUCCAAGGACAGAAAGAAGACUCUGUACCUGUCUGUUUGGAGAGCAGUCUUGUAGGAGAGCCAUCGAAUGGGCCGCGGAUUCAGCACAUUUCCAUGUGAAUGGGACCAGUUUCUGUUCUUCCCAAACCUCAGAGCAUAAGCACUUGGGAAGGAGAUUUGGCCAAGAUGACACAUUUGCAGGCCGGGCUCAGUCCAGACACGAUAGAGAAAGCUCGCCUGGAACUGAAUGAAAACCCAGAUGUUUUACAUCAGGACAUUCAACAGGUCAGAGACAUGAUCAUCACCAGGCCAGACAUUGGAUUUUUACGUACAGAUGAUGCCUUCAUCCUGCGGUUUCUCCGAGCCAGGAAGUUUCACCAAGCCGAUGCCUUCAGACUCCUGGCCCAGUAUUUUCAGUACCGCCAGCUAAACCUGGACAUGUUCAAAAACUUUAAGGCAGACGAUCCCGGGAUUAAGAGGGCUUUGAUCGAUGGAUUCCCCGGAGUGUUGGAAAAUCGUGACCACUACGGCAGGAAGAUUCUCCUGCUGUUUGCUGCCAAUUGGGAUCAGAGUAGGAACUCCUUCACAGACAUCCUUCGCGCCAUUCUCCUGUCCUUGGAAGUCCUUAUCGAAGAUCCUGAGCUCCAGAUAAAUGGUUUCAUUUUAAUUAUAGACUGGAGUAAUUUUUCCUUCAAACAAGCCUCCAAGCUGACACCGUCGAUCCUGAAACUGGCCAUUGAAGGGCUGCAGGACAGCUUUCCUGCUCGCUUUGGAGGAGUCCAUUUUGUCAACCAGCCCUGGUACAUCCAUGCCCUGUACACGCUCAUCAAGCCAUUCCUCAAAGACAAGACAAGAAAACGGAUUUUCCUACAUGGGAACAACUUGAACAGCCUUCACCAGCUAAUACACCCUGAGUUUCUGCCCUCUGAAUUUGGAGGAACUCUUCCUCCUUAUGACAUGGGGACUUGGGCCCGGACAUUACUUGGCCCUGACUACAGCGAUGAAAAUGACUAUACCCACACUUCCUACAAUGCCAUGUAUGUGAAACACACCUGCUCCAACCUGGAGAGAGAGUGCUCGCCCAAGCCCAUGAAAAGAUCUCAGUCCGUGGUAGAAGCUGGGACCUUGAAACAUGAAGAGAAGGGGGAAAACGAGAACACCCAGCCACUGCUGGCUCUGGACUGAGCCAGCAUCAUGCGACUCCUCCAGUGGAGCAGCCACCUAGCAAGCCUGUGCCACUGACCUCCAGACAUGUGUGCUCUGCUUGAUAUGACGUCCUCCAUUCCAGGCCCAGCCAUGACUGUCAGCAGCCAUUGGUCUGGGCAGCCCACACUGGACAAGGAUCUGAGAGAUGCUUUUAAAAUGUAACUAAUUAAUUUAUGUUUUAGUGAGGGAUGGUGGGGGGAUGAAGAAAGGCAUUUAUGUAAAAAGGAUUCUCCCUCCCCUCCUAUUUAUGGCAGCAAAUCUACUUAAAAAGGGGGGGGGGAACCUAAAUUAGCCGCAUAUACAUCGCUCUAAGGAUUCACACAGGAACUCUCUCCAGGCUUUGCGAAGUAAGAUGAAUGCAUUCCCAAAUAAAUACAACAGAGUUAAACUGUGCAGACGUUGUCAGUCAGCAAGCUUAAAGUAGUCCCGAACCCCAGGCAACUGUAGCUACUAUAAUUUCCAGUUGUACUGACUUAUUUUCUGACCUCAUCACCAGCAUCUAAGUGUGCUCAGCCUAAGGGCGUGAUCUCGCAGGUCUGGCUAUUCACAACGUUUUUAAUUUACAUAUCUAUCCCGCAAGAAUGAUUUUGACAUCAUGGUGUUUGUCAGGACUUCAGCUGACUUCAUGAACCGUGUUUUUUUUUUUUUUUUUAAGAAGACACGGGGCAGUGUGAAAAGAAUGACUGCUUCAUCAUAACAAAGUGAUUUCCUGUAGGCAUGGCUACAGAGAGGAGGCAACUCAUUGUGUCAUUGUGACUGAUGAGUCCAUUUAAGUUAGUUCUUGGGUUACUAUGGCCAAAAAAAAAAAAAAAAAAAAAAAGUGCUAGCAAAUAAGUCACUUUGUCCCAACCCUCCCAUUACCUGUGGAGAAAGGCUCUGAGGGGGCAGGGAGUCAAAUCUCACAGGAAGACACUUAAGGAUGGCUCAGCAUGUAAGUACCAAGCUAAAGAGGACCAAGAAUGCAAGAUGAAAUGCCAAAGACAACCUAUUUCCUUAUCCAUUCUCCUGAGAAAUGGACCCCAGUCCCCACUCAAAGGAAGUCGGAAAACAUCAUAGGGUAGGAUAUUUUAUCUGUGUCAUGUUUCCCAAGGCCAGUUGAGUAUACGUAGGUAUCUUAUUCCCUAGCCAACUCUCUGACAAAGACAACACUUACUAAUAUGACCAGAGUGCUUAAUGUCAAAAAUUUUAAUUAAUAACACUUAUUAAAAUACUUUACAUUUUAAGCAUUUGGUAGGUUGACUUACACCCUAAACAUCCUAAAGAAAACAGGAAACCAAUUCUACUUACUUCCAUCCAUAAACACGCAAACAACAUUGCUAAUUGUGACCACUUCCUUCUCUUCGUUUCUCUUCUCUUAUUCCUGCCCUUUGCUCUCUUCCUGUCUCCCUUCCUCUAUUCCCGCCUCUUCCUCUCUGUCUCUUUCCCUGUUCCUUCCUACCCUUCUCCUCCUCACCCCUUCUCUUUUUCCUUUGUCUUUCUUUCUCUGUCUCCCUGUUCCUCUGUCUUCCCUGUAUCCCUCCAGUGCUGAAGAUCAAACCCAGGACCUUGUCCUGUCAGGCAAGUGUUCUACCCCUGAGCCCCGAGCUACAGCCUAGAUUUAUACUCCUUUGUUGAUCUACUGUUUUAUCAUUUUUUUUCUACUGGCAGAGAAUAGUAACAGAAGCUAUUUUUAUGUUCCAACCUUGAAGAAGUAAAAUCGAAACAGAAUUUAAAGUAUUUCCCAAACAAUGGCAUCAUAGUAUAUAAAAUACACCAAUUCACUUUGUAUAGACCUUUUGAAUCAUAAAAUAAGAACCUUCAAAAAUAUCUACCAAGACAUGGAUGGAAAUUCUUUUCUUAUGACACAAGAGAAAGGAAAAAUUAAAGUGAAUUGGAAAAUUGUUUAUUGCUUGUGUUUAUAAGAUAAACGUGGGAUCCAAGUACUCAAAAUGCUGUUGGAGUCAGUUACUGCCAACACUUGUAAUAGUAAUGGUACUUCUGGCUUUUCACAAGGCAAUAUUUAGAAUCCUGCUGUAAUGACCAUAUUUUAAAAAACAUGUUAUAAUUACUAAGUUAAAAGCUAAUUUUCACUCAUUUCUACCAUUUUAUUACAUGAAUGUAAGGUGAUAGUUUAACAAUGAGAACAUAUGGUUUGCAUUUCGUUAUGUGUAUGUAAUAUAUAGGAGAACCAAACCCAGCAGGUAACCAAGGGUUACUUCAUGAACACUGGAUUGAAUUGCCUUUUGUCAGUGAGUUCCUCUGUUUAAUAAAUAUUGAAGAACACAAAUAA